AUGGCGCCUGAGAGACCACUUCCUGUGGAAAGCCUAUUGCCUUUCCAUCAAAACCGCUCCCCUGAAACACGGGCCAUUCUCCAAGAUGCCCAACUUCAAGACUCAACCAGCCAUAGCCAGUCCCCAGAAAGUCUGGAGGAAGAUGAAGGUUCAGGCACCGAAAAACCCAAGCGGCAGAAGAGGUCACGUGCGUGUAUCGCUUGCAGAAGCAUGAAAAUCAGGUGUCUGCCCGUCGAGGGCCAAGAUGCCUGUAAUGCGUGCGCCAAAGUCAACCGGGAAUGUAUCAUGCCAGGUCCCCCGCGGAAAAGACAGAAGACGGUCCACAAGGUCGCCGAAUUGGAGAAGAAAAUCAAUGCCUUGACUAACGCUUUACUGGCCAAACAACAAGCGACGGAUGGCGGCAAGCCUGAGGAUGAGUCGCCGCCCAAAGAUGCCCCUACCAGUGCCAGCUCAGAACCCGCCAAAACUGAUGACACGUCUAAUACCAGCUUGGACUCUUAUCCGCACAAUCCCGUGGAAAAGGCAUUUGUGCCGACCACUCAACCAGAGUUUAAUAGAGGUUGUAACCCGGUGCAAGUCGAUGGUAUCGCUAAAGACGAGUACGUCGACGUCAUUGACCGUGGCGACUUGAGCAUGGAGAGUGCGACAGCAAUGUUCAAUCACUGGAUGAAGGAAAUGUGCUCUUCUUGUCCAUACGUCGUUUUUCCGCCAGACACGGACCCCGAACACAUUCGGAGGGCCCGUCCUAUCACGUUUUUAACCAUUUUGGCAAUAGCAAGCCCUGUCGUGCAACCGUCGGCCCAGGCAGCGCUCACCAUCGAGAUCAAUCGGCAGAUUGCAGAACGAGUGCUCUUCCAUGGUGACAAAUCUUUGGACAUAAUCCAGGCCGUGCUGCUAAACUCUCAAUACUACGUUAGGCCGCGCACGGCGAGGGAUCUUGCCUUUAACCAAAACAUCCAAGCCGCCAUUUCCAUGUCUCUGGAGUUAGGAAUCGGCAAGAGGUCAAAGCUGAAAAGGACUACACAAGAAGAGGUUGAACUGGCCCGCACAUGGCUGGCGUGCUACCAGGCUAACAUCAGUGUCACGACACUCCUUCGUCUCCCGACCCUCAUCAGGUUCGGCCCACGUAUAGAAGAGUGCCUGGAGAUACUCCGAACCAGCCCUCAUGCUGCUCCGAGCGACAAAUUCCUGUGCAGCAACGUGGGACUGGCGCGUCUUGCGGAGGAAGUUUCAGCGGCUUUCCAUAUGGACGAUCCCGGUGCCGAUCUCAAUUUUAUGGAGCCAAGGGUGCAGUAUCAGCUAAAGUGCUUUGAACGGCAGCUACAACAAUGGGAGCAGAGUGUCGACGUCUCGGUGGAUCAGCGACUUGCGCAACACCAAGCUGCUUGCCUCAACUUGUAUAUUCACGAGAUCGCGAUCCACUACGACCACAAUGUCGAUGACUUCCGUCCGGGAGUGUCUCAGUUGGAGCAGCGCAGAGCUCCGGAUUUCGUGACAUCUGCUCACAUUGAGGCCCUGUCGACACUGCUGGAAAGUAGCCAGCGAGUCCUGGAUGUCUACCUCUCGCUCGAGGUUAAAUGUGCUCGAAACCUGUCCAAUAUCUACAUUGUCUGGAAUGCAUAUGCCGUGGUGGUCCUGAUCAAGCUGCACUGGAUUUUCAGCUCGUCAGAGUCCAAGUUUGGCUCGAUCUUUGUCCCUGACUUGAAGACGGGCUAUUAUCUGGAUGCCAUUAUCCACCGACUGGGCGAGGUGUCAGCUGGCGGCAUGAACCCCUGCGCGGAAGCCUUUGGGUUCGUCUUCAUGAAGCUCAAGAUCUGGCACAUGCAUCGAUCUGGACAGCUCUCGGACGAUGAACAAGGCCAAGAUGACCAGACACGACGGCAACGAGCGUCCAGCAUCCUGCGGCAGGAUCCUGCGAGCAUUAUUGCCUCUGUAAAACGGAUGCCAUACCCUGGGCCUGAAAACAUAGCGAGCGCGCCACCAGCCAGGCCUUAUACACCUGCUCUGCUUCCUGGAGGUGGUUGGUCGAAUGUAGACAAAUUCGGUGCGAACUUGAAUGCCGCGUACGACGCUGCCAGUUACGGAAACACCAACUGGGACCAGUUCAACUUCAGCACUCAGGAGCUGGACAUGUUUGAUGUGUACAUGAAUAACAGUGGAUGGAUGGGGUAUCUGCUUUAA